AUGUGCCGUUUCUUGGUGUACAAAGGAAGCGACGAGAUUCUGCUGUCGAAGCUUAUUCUCGAUCCCACCCAUUCCAUACUGAAGCAAUCCUUUGACUCACGACUACGCCUGGACACGCGGCGCGGCCAGAACAACGCGGACGGGUUCGGAAUCGGCUUCUACACCGACCCCAAGCUCGGCGCCGCUCCCUGCCUCUUCACCUCCACCAUACCGGCGUGGAACUGCACCAACCUGCAGAGAAUCGCGUCCAAGACGGCCUCGCGCCUCAUAUUCGGCCAUGUCCGCGCCACGACCGAGGGAUCCCUCAGCGAAGACAACUGCCACCCCUUCACGCACGCCAGCCUCAUGUGGAUGCACAACGGCGGCCUCGGCGGAUGGAAGCACAUCAAGCGCAAGCUCGGUCACCGCCUGGCGGACAAGUGGUACUUGCAGGUCAAGGGGGGCACCGACAGCGAGUGGGCAUUCGCCCUCUUCCUCGACACCCUCGAGCGCCUAGGACACGACCCAAGCGCCUCGCCAGAAACCGGCUUCGGCCCCACCGUGCUGCGGAGGGCCGUGGAGCAGACCAUUGCCCAGAUCAACGAGCUGACCGACUCGAUCCCCGCCGACGUCCUGCGCGAUGAAGACGUGGACACGAGGAGUCUGCUCAACUUUGCCUUGACGGACGGCCACAGCGUCAUCUGCACGAGGUACAUUAGCAGCUCCAAGGACGAAGCGGCGAGCUUGUACUACUCGUCAGGGACGCAGUGGGUGACGAGAACGUCGGAUCCCAACGACAGGCAGUACCAGAUGGAACGCAAGGACAAGGGCGCCGACAUUGUUUUGGUAGCCAGCGAGCCACUAACUUUUGAACGAGAAAACUGGGUAAACGUACCUACAAACUCUAUCCUCACCAUUCACCGCCAAACCGUCAUGGUACAUCCCAUCCUGGACAAGUACUACGAGCGCGAUCCCUACCACGUCCGCUCCAGCGCCUUUGUCCAGACCAAGGGCCUUGUGUCCAACGAGAAGGCCCCCAGCGGUACCUCCAUCAGUCCCGGCAACGGCGCGCCUCCCACCCAUUUCGAUGGCUACAAGAGACUGGCCGGCCAGACCCUGUGCUCGAGGAGCUUGAGCCCUGAUGCGACGAGCGCCCAUUGA